CAGCGCCUCGUAUUGGCCGGCAGGCGCUGAGGGCAAGGAGGAAGCUGCGCUCGCUCAGCUGCCAUGGGUCGGGCGGUUGUGGCGGGAGGAGCAGCCGAUAAGAAAGAGGAGCAACGGCACCGCCGGCGUCUGAGGGUGCCGCGCCAGCCCCGCUGAGGCUGCUCUAGGGCGGUCGGGGAAACCUCCGAGACGCUGAAGCUGGCGAGCCGUGGCCCGGAGUUGGGAGCCCCUCCCGGGUUGCGCUGCUGCCCGGCUUCCCCGGGUCCUGUCCCGGCCCAGCAGAAAAGGAUGAAGAAGCGCAAGGAGCUCAACGCUCUCAUCGGACUGGGCGGCGGGAAUGGGGACCGGGGAAGCGGGAGCGGCGGCGGCGGCGGGCGCAAAAAGAGACACCCGAGGAAAGGCUCUGCCUCGGGCCACCGGCUCCUCCGCACCGAGUCCGCCGAGAGCAGCAGCAGCAGUUCUUCCGGCCCGGAGUUCGGGGACGGCUUCGGGCUCCCGGGCGCCCGCUCCCGCUUUUCCAAGGGUGACUACCUGCGAUGCUGCAAGCUUUGCUACCCAUUAUGUGCUUUUGUCAUUUUGGCUGCUUGUGUGGUAGCUUGUGUUGGCUUGGUAUGGAUGCAGGUUGCUCUCAAGGAAGACCUGGAUGAAUUAAAGGAGCGGUUUCGAACCAUGGAAUCUAAUCAAAAAACCUCAUUCCAAGAAAUUCCUAGAUUGACUGAAGAUCUGCUUAAUAAACAAAAGGAACUGGAAAAGAUUGAGAAUGGAGAUACGGGAUUAAGCAAAAUAUGGGUAAACAUCACUGAAAUAAGCAAACAGAUUUCUUUGUUGAUGUCGGCUGUAAAUCACCUCAAAACGAACAUUAAAUCUGCUUCUGAUUUGAUUAAUCUUCCUGUCACAGUAGAAGAGCUUCAGAAAAGUGUUGCUACUAUAGGUAGCACAGUAACUAGUGUUCAUCAUGAUGUUGAGAGUAUGCAGGCAGCAAUUGAAGAACAUAAGAAAACUAUAGAGACACUCCAAAAUGAAAUGAGUGAACUUGCAGAAGAUGUUAGAGGAAAGCAGCUGCCUUCAUUUCCCUCCUCUCCAACCCCCCAAAUAAGUGAGAAGAACCUGACAGACUUUUGUAAACAGGAUAACCAGUACCUGCAUACCUCUAUAGAAGAGGUUAACUCUACCCUAAUGUUGUACCAGAAACAGAAUGAUUUAAAACUUUUCAAUAUGGACUCCACAGUUGGUAAUCUAAGUUGGAGAGUUGCUUCAUUAGAAAAUCAUAUGACAGUGAAUAAACUGGAAAAAAGAGAAAACCUGACCCUUGGUAUGGUGGGUGACUUAACUACCUCGGUGAAAGUAGAAAGUGAACCAAGGAAUGAAACUACUACUGAAAAGAAUAUAGAAAACGGGGAUUCUCAGGUAUCUAUGUUAAGAGAGAAGCUGCAGCUGAUCAACGCUCUGUCAAGCAAACCAGAAACUGAGCGAUCUGAAGCGCUGAAAAAAGGAAAACUCCAGAGCACUACAUCAAAGCCCACAAAGCUUCCAAGACUUUCUUCAAGAUCAGUUGGCAGCAGUUUUGAGGGGAAUAGACACCCAAGAGACUUGUCAUUACCUGGAAUAUCCAACAUAGAAGACCUUCAGGAUUUAUUCAGGACCAUCAGCCAAGGCUCUGAUGGCAAGCUCUCCUGUGAAGACCUGCAAAAACUGGUUGGAUCUGCAGUGUAUGAUUUACAGAGCUUUAAAGAAUUUGAUACAGAUGGAGAUGAAAAGUAUUCCUUACUGGAACUAAGGAUGGCUUUAGGUUUAUAGUAUCUCUACAUAUAUAAAAAACAGUAUUUAAGGACUACAGUAGCUAUACAAGAAAAACUGAUAAGUUAAAAGCUACAUUUGGCACUUUCCGAAUUAUAUACUAAUCUUUGCAGCUAACUUAGUGUACAUGUUGACACCGUUUUAAUUUUGUGUUCUUUGGAAAAUAUGGAAAGCUUCUAAUUUUUGAUUUAAUUUAAGAGAUACAGACACCUCAGAUUUUCAGUUUUGAACCUCUAAUCCCGAGAUUAUUUGGUAAUGCCUAAACUCUGUUGACAAGUAGAGGGCACAUAGGUGCAACUAAAUUUUCUCUGGAUUGAGGUAUAGAGGAUUAUAUUCUGCCAUGGUUUUGGAUAACUGGGCUGCACCUUAAAUUGCACUAAGAAUUUUAGCUCAAAGUUUUUAUUUCCCUUAUAAGGGAAGCACUUGUCUUCAAAUUAGAAUAUGUGUGUAUAUAUUGACAGACAUGUAUUUUAUAUUUCAAAUUUGCCUUAAAUUAGCUGCACUUUAGAAUAUAAAAAAAUAAAAGCAUCUAUCUUCACAGGA